AUGGCGGGGGCUGCCACGCCCCUCGUCUGGGACCACGUCGUCGGCGCCGCUCGCCUGCCGUUCUACCUCCCCUCCUCCACCGAAUCCCGGCCUACAGGGCUGCCGCGCCUCGACUCCCCAUGUCGGAUAGCCGCCACGGCCUUUGGAUCGGACGACGAGUUGGUGGAUCUGGAACUGCGGGUCGAGAUCUCGUCCAUCACCGGUAUCGAGGACGCGCUGCUUCUGAAGCCCGCCUCUGGUAAGGCCACCGAGACGUGGCUUCGUGUCGUGUGGGCGCACUGGAUGCAGGGGAAGGCCGACUACCUACGGCGCUGGCGUAAAGCAGUGGGGGCGUGCUCGCCCGCCUGGCAGCAGUGCAGCAGCUGCGCUCGUCGGCCAAGGCGCAGCCACCUGCUCGUCCGGUGGCGGAGCAGCGCACACGCGCUAGCCCGACAAUGGCUCAACUAG